AUGAAGCUUGCUGUGAAUUCCUGUCGGGUGAUUAACGGUGAAGAGAAAGCAAAUUUAUAUAACACACUUUCAGGCACGAUUGAAAAAUGUCAAGAUUUAUAUUUGAAGGAGCCCAAAACUGGUGCGCAUCUGCCACAACAAACAGAAGCUACUUGGCCCGUUGUAUCUCAGGAAGAGGAGCAUGAUGUUAUUAUAAUUGAAUCUACAGCUGAUGGCGAAUGUAUUGAUUUAACUAAUACAAAAGUGAUCAAUAACAAAAAGAAAAUGAAAGCUAAGCUGCUGCAAUUUCAUGAUAAUCGUCGCCCUCCUUACUGGGGUACUUGGAGGAAAAAAAGUAGUUUUGUGGGACCUCGAAAACCUCUUGGUCUAGAUAAGAAAACUUUCGAUUAUGAAGUUGAUUCAGAUUCAGAAUGGGAAGACGAAGGAGAAGGAGAAGAAAACCAAAAUAGUGGUGAAAAUGGUUAUUUAUUAGAUAAUACUUUUGUCCCUCACGGAUAUCUAAGUGAUGAAGAAGUGCACCCCGACGAGGAAGUUGAUGAAAAUGACCCUGAAAAUUUGAAACUACGAAUGAAGUUGUUGAAACAGGAGUUUGACGAAGAAAUGAGAAGUAAAACUGAAAGACUAAAACCUCGCCUUUUGGGUUGUGUUUGGAUCAGCAAUGGCACAACUGAAGUCAGUACAGGCAGCCUUUAUGAAACUCUUCUGCGGUUUCGAGCAGUUUGGAAUGAAGAAGGUGGUGAAAUUGGUAUGACUGGUCCAGAAAUCGAAGAAAGUCCUACGCUCGCUGCCAACUAUCUUGAUAUCAAAGGCCUGCUUGAUGUUACAUGCAAAACAGUGGCUAACAUGAUCAAAGGUAAAACUCCGGAAGAAAUUCGUAAAACAUUUAAUAUUAAGAAUGAUUUUUCGGCUGCUGAAGAGGAACAAGUACGUAAAGAAAAUGAAUGGUGCGAAGAGAAGUAAGAAGAUCCCUGAUUAAUUUUCAUGUUAUAUGUGUAUUAUCAAUUAAACGUUUAUAAGUUUCAUGUUCAAAUAAAAUUUUCCUUCACAGACUUGCUGUGUAGAGAGAAAAAUUAAAAAAUAACAAUAAAAAAAAAUGUACAUGAUAUUUGUCUUCUGCAUUUAAUGCAUAGUAUUGCUUUUCUCAUGAAAGUGGGUUCAUUAGAAUUUUUGGACCGGGUGACAAUUGAUACAUGUUCAUUAGAUAAUGUAUAUAUUUUUUGAAAUAACUUUUUAAAAAUAUAUAUGUAUACAGGUGUUUUAUCUCUUAGCAACAUUUUAUUUUCACCAUCCCAUUACAUUUAUUUCAAACCACAGCAAUGUAUCAAGAGUGGACAUAUGACUGCAUAAUUUUUUUUUAAAUAUGUUAUGCCUACAAUAUAGCUUUUAAGAAAAAAAUAUUAAUACUUAGUAGUUUUUUUUUUUUUAGUUUCUUAAUUAAAAAUCAUUCUGAUUUUUUUUUUGUAUCAGAAGAGUUUAUUUACUAACUUUUAUGAAAUUAUAUCUUUUUCAAAAUCGUAAUUAAACUGAAUAGAAAUUAAAAAUGUUGAUGUUUAUUUAUGCCCUCUUUGUAUUUUUUAUAGAUACCUUAAAAGUUUGUUAUUAUAUUGAUAAAUGUGUUAAUUUCUUCUGAAGGGUUUCUUUUAAAGUGUUUCAUGGAUCCUCUCCACUUCCUUCCACUUUUUUCAUAUGAUAGCUGUUAGCUAUUUCAAUUAUAUGUUUGUUAUCUUGAAAAGCUAAUCAGUUUUAUUUAAGCUCUAGAUUUAAAUUGAAGUCUUUAAUAAUGUUUUUAUAAUUUUAAAUAUUUAAGAUCAAAUAACUUCAAAUAUAGUAUAUUUUAUUAAUUUAUUAAAAAAAUAACUGUAAAUGGAAAUUGAUUUUUAAAUUACAUGAUCUGAUAUAUUCA